AUGAUAUUGUCAAGGAAAUUUUGUGGUCAUGAUGAAUCUGAUUAUUCAAAUAAUCAAGGAAAUUUUAGAGAGCUUUUGAAGUGGCAUUUUGAUAAAGUUGAUGAUAUAAAAAAUGUUGUCUUGAAAAAUGCUCCAAGAAAUCAUCAAUUAACAUCACCUGAUAUUCAACAUGAUAUUGUCAAGGCUGCUGCAACUGAAACUCUCAAUGUCAUAAUUAGUGACAUUGGUGAUGCAGUAUUCUCUAUUCUUGUUGACGAGUCUCGUGAUGUAUCAGGAAAAGAGCAAAUGGCAAUUGCAGCCAUUGAUCAAUUCUUUUCAGAGAAUGGAUUAAGCAUAUCUAGCCUCCGUGGUCAAGGUUAUGAUGGAGCUAGUAAUAUGAGAGGAGAAUUCAAUGGUCUAAAAGCACUUAUUUUAAAGGAGAAUGGGUCAGCUUUUUAUGUUCAUUGCUUUGCUCACCAGCUUCAGCUGGCUAUUGUGGCUGUAGCAAAAAAUCAUAUCUUAAUCUCUAAUCUCUUCAUGUUUGUUGGUAAUCUGGUGAAUGUUGCUGGAAGCUCAUGUAAACGUCGUGAUUCUCUUGAGAGAAACAAGUCGCCAAGAUUAUCGAAGAACUUAAUAUUGGUUCUAUUUUAA